AGUGAAACACAUAUGAACAAAGUUUGGAAUGAGAAUCCAUUGAAUAUCAUUUGUAUAUGGUACUGAUACCAAUCAAAACCAGCUUAGCUGACUUACACGCACGCGCUAGUAGUAAGUAAGAACAGAAAAAGAAAAAAAAAAAAUACAGAGACAGAAAGGGAAACCAUUUCGCACUUCUUCAAAGCUUCAUCUUUCUACUCAAGUCAACCCUAAUUUUUUUGGUGUAGCACUUGCACCCACAAUUGAAAAUUCAUGGAUAGUUCAAAUAAUAUGGUGGAUGAUGAAGUUAUGAAAGUUGACAACAUUAAUGACGAUGACACGUGUUGGGACCCUGCAACAGGGAUGUGUUUUUCUUGUUUAGAUGAAGUUAAAUCUUUUUAUGGAGAAUAUGCUUUGAAAAAGGGUUUUCGGUGGAAGAUUAGAACAUCAAGAAAAGGAUCAGACGGAGAAAUAUGCUACUUAAUUCUAGCAUGUUCAAGAGUGGGGUCUAAUGUCUCAAAGGUUUCGUGUACAUCGAAGACACUUCCGGAAAAGGUGAAUAGUUGUCCUGCUAAGAUUUGUGUGAAGAUGGAAGAAAAUGGAUUGUGGUACAUUAAAAAAUUUGAACCUGACCAUUCUCACGAGACCAGCCCUACAAAGGCAAAGUUGUUCAAGGCUAACAAGAAAAUGAAUUUGCAUGUAAAGAGGACUAUCCAAAUCAAUGAUGAUGUAGGAGUGAGGAUUAACAAAGCUUUCCAAUCUCCUGUUAAAGAUGCAGGAGAGCAUGGCAGUAUACCAUUUUGUGAUAGAGACGUGAGGAAUUAUGUUAACAAGGAAAGGUGUGCAAUUGGAAAAGAAGGUGGUGUUAAGGCAUUGAUAAGCUAUUUUUGUCAAAUGAGGGAACAACAUUCAAAUUUCUUCUACGACAUAGAUUUGGACGUAAAAAAUGUGUUUUGGGCUGAUGCAAGAAGCAGAGCUACUUAUGAGUAUUUUGGAGAUGUUGUAACUUUAGACACAACAUACUUGACAAAUAAACACGACAUGCUUUUUCUGGCAUUUGUUGGUGUGAAUCAUCAUGGUCAAUCAACAUUACUUGGAUGUGGGCUGCUUUCAGGAGAAGACACGGAAUCGUAUGUAUGGCUAUUCAAAUCUUGGCUUCGCUGUAUGCUAGGAAAGGCCCCUAUUGGUAUUGUGACUGACCAAUGUAAGACUAUGCAAAAUGCCAUUGAGUUAGUCUUCCCUACAACACGCCAUAGGUGGUGUUUAUGGCAUAUAAUGAAAAAAGUUCCCGAAAAGCUCAGCAGAUAUGAUGAAUAUAAAAGGAUCAAGUCUGCGAUGAAAGAAGCAGUUUAUGAUACAUACACAACAACUGAUUUUGAAGAGAAAUGGUGUUCCUUCAUCGACAAAUUUGAGCUUCAACAUAAUGAUUGGUUGAGUGGGUUGUAUAACGAGCGUCAUAAAUGGGCACCAACCUUCGUAAGAAAAUAUUUUUGGGCAGGUAUGUCAACUACGCAACGAAGUGAUAGCGUACAUGCUUUCUUUGAUGGAUAUAUUGAUUCAACAACAAGUCUAAAUCAAUUUGUAAAGCAAUAUGAUAACGCUCUUAGAAGUAGAGCAAUAGAAGAAUCUGAAGCAGAUUUUAAUUCAAUGGAUACUACAAUUCCGUGUGGGUCAAACUCUUCCAUUGAAAAGCAAUUCCAAGGUGAGUACACCCAUGCCAAAUUCAAGGAAGUUCAAGCUGAAUUCAGAUCUAAAAUGAACUGUGCUGCCUCGUUGAAUGUUCUGGAGGGUUGUUUUGCUACUUAUCAUGUGUUGGAGGAGGUGGUAGUUGGAGACAUACCUAAAGAACGUGUCUUAAAUGUUGUGUUUAAUCAGGAAAGCCAUGAUUUCAACUGUGAAUGCUCGUUGUUUGAGUUUAGAGGCAUCUUGUGUUGCCAUGUGUUAUCUGUAUGUGCUCAAGAGAGGAUUAAAAAUGUGCCAGAGAAAUAUGUUUUAACAAGAUGGAAUAAAAAUAUUAAAAGGAAGCAUUCAUUUAUUAAGAGCAGUUAUGAUGGGACAGAAUUGAAGCCGCAAAUGGUUAGAUUUGAAAAAUUGUGCAAGCAUUUCUAUGAUAUUGCUGAAGUAGCCGCAAAGUCCGAAGAUGGAACUAAGGCACUCCAUGAAAUGUUACGUCAGUUUAAUUCUAAUUUGCCCCCCAUGGAUGGUACAACUAACAAACACGAAACAUACAAUGAGAUGAAAUGAGCACUCACCUGUUCCUUAAGGCUUUGUUUGGGAAUUGGGUUUUGGAGGGGAGGGGGAAGGGCGGCGUGUGGAGAGAUAAUAAACUCCUGUCUGGGAGAUUAAUAAAAAGAGGGAAAAUGUUUGAAGAUUUUUUAAAACCCCCUAAAACCCUCACUCGGUCAAAUUUUGGAGUUCCCUCACAUUGGUAAGUUUUAGGGGUAAAAUAGACGUAUUGACAAUAUGAGGGAAAAUUGUCAAUACAUCUGUUUAUCACUUUCUCUUUCUUUUGCUCUACCGUCAUUUCAGCUUCUUCUUUCAUUUUUGUUUUACUAUUUAAUUUUUGCUACUGAAUGCUCAUUGUUAUCUUGAUUUUCUCAGUUCUAAGUCCACAACCGUAUUCACUCAUUAUUAUUCGUUUGUUGAAGCCAAUUACUCUGGUCCAAACCAAGAUCAAUCUUUAUCAAUUAACUUUUCUUCACCUUUUACAUGUGUAUCCUGUGAUUUCAGACACUGCAAUAUGCAUCUAAUCAUCUUGUUUUUGUUAUUGUAGUGAAACACAUCAAUCAAUAUAAUAGUAAAUUGUAUAAUCUUACAUUUAAUUAGGUUUUUAUUUUGACCUUUUUUGUUGGAGCACAUUUACUUACAUAGUCUAACAUUAGGUGUAGUAUGUUGCUAGAUGCAAACAUGUCUUAUUCCCUUUGAUCCAACUAUUUCGUUGCAUAAAUGUAGUGUUUGGUUAAAUAUGAAUGAUGCAAACAUGUCUUAUUCCCUUUGAUCCAACUAUUUCCUAGAUCCAUGAUAUACUUUUUCUCAGUUCUUUAGUCUAUGAAUACAAAUUACCUCAAUUUUUUCCUUUUGUGUUUCAGAAGAAGGGAGAAACAAGAUUCAAGCAGGGAUUCUACUCCAGUACUCCAUCAUUCUUUGUUCUUCAUGAGGUGAUAAGGACAAGAUUCAUAGUUUUGAUUUUGCUGAUUGGUUAAAGAGUGUUGUUACAAGUUGGGAUUUUGAAAUUAAUUAAUUAAUCCUAUUUAUAUGUGAAUUAAUGGGUAUUUUCCUUGAACUCAAGUAGCUAGCAAAGAAAUUUGUGCAUUUCUGUGGUGCAUUCAGUGAGUUAUGGAUUUGAUAUGCGUGGCUCUAGUUAGUUUUGGAUCAACAUGAUGUAUUGUAUCGUGUACCUAUAGUUCUAUAUUAGAAUCCCAAAUAUUCAUUUUAGAUCUUAAUCAAACUGAUAUAAGGAUUGUGAAAUGUAACAAGAGUAGGAUCUGGUUGGUGUCACUGCUGACUGAUCUGAGUCAGCAGUAGCCAGUACAAGUAGGUAGUUUUGGAUACUGUUUACAUUCUCCAUCUAAGCAACAUUAAUAAUAGCAUUUUCACACCUAAGGUUCAACAGAAACAUGCUUCUUUACUGAUUAUUGAUUCUUUAUAGCUUGUGGGGUGUGAUUGAUUCAUUGUACUCAGCUGCCAUUGAUCUUAGCAUGAAUGCAUGCCCUGAAUUAUACUACCCUCUACUAGAGUUAAUGCAGCUAUAAAUCUUAUUUAUACUGCUUUGAAUGUUAUGCUUGAAUCUAAUUUUGAAUUUUAUCUUGGU